AGUCCGCUGUGUUCUGCCGGCGGACAUUAUUUAUAGGGCUAUAGAGGAACCGUGUGUUGAGUAGCCUCAAAAAUGUCAGCUUCAGCUUUGGAGUACAAGGACUCAGGAAUGCUAUCAAGAGAGCAGUUGCUUCAUCUCUUCGAUCGCUUCGCUUUUCUCACCUCACAGCUUGAUGUGAAAAAGCGGAUUGCAGACGCUGUGAAUGACAAACAGGAAGCAGUUGCUGUAACCACUGCAAUCCAAGAGGAGAUCUUUGGGGACAUGGGGGUUGAUCCAAGGUUUGGUAUAGCUUGCUUGGGGAAAGUAAGCACGGCUUAUGAGAAUGAUCAAGAUUUGAUGAUCCACUUCUAUGGAUUUCUUGCAAAGGAGGAGAUGGCUUGUGAGGAAGCUGAGCUUGGACCAGAAAAAUUUGCUGAAAGACUGCAUAUGCAAGAAAAGUUACAAGAACAGCAACUAGAGAUGCUUAAGUACAUGCGCAACUUUCACCUGGAUGACCAGUCCACAAUCCUCGACAUGUUGCAUCAACAAAUAGAGAAAGCCAAUUUUGACAGUGAGGCUUCUGUUUUGUCAGUGGAACAGAUCCAAGAUAUUGUAAGGAGAAAGGUUUCACCUGUAUUUAGGUCAAGGUAGCUGGGUUUCAUAAUUAUCAGCCCCCUAAUCUUGUGUUAUCCAGUUCUCUCUCAUAAGUUUCCCAGAAAGUUGUAGUAUUGUAAUUUUGCAAAGUACAGCAUGAAUUGCAAUCUAUUGCUAUCUUUAAGUUUCUAACAAGUGUGGUUUCUA